GUUAUUCGAUUUCUUCCUUCUCCAUAUUGUUGAUUUUCGGUUGUGACAUGAAUGGCCUAGUCUCUCAAGUCUCUGCUCUAAAUGGAACAAGUAAUAAGAGAAUAGCAUUAGUUACUGGAGGAAACAAAGGAAUAGGUUUUGAAAUUUGUAGAUUGUUGGGCAAUCCUCAGAACAACAUACUUGUUAUUCUAGGAGCGAGAGACAAACAGAGAGGAAAUGAGGCUUGUAAAAAACUCGAGCAACAAGGAAUUGAAGUUGUGUUUAGAGAGUUGGAGGUGUCCGAUAUUACAAGUGUGAAGAAUUGUGCUGCUUGGGUGCAAGACACUUUCGGACACUUGGAUAUUCUGGUGAACAAUGCAGGUAUAUUCUACAAGACUGGCCCACUGUCAAAGGAGGUUGCUCGACACACUAUGGACGUCAAUUUUUAUGGAACUCUUUAUUGUUGUCAGUAUUUCAUACCUUUAUUGCGUGAAGGUGGUAGAGUAGUAAACAUGUCGAGUAGAAUGGCACUCUUUGCUAGAUUGUCACCAGCACUCUUUAAAAAAUUUACAAAGCAGGAUUUGAAUAUUUCAGAGUUAUGUGAGCUUAUGGAAUCUUUUAUUCGCUCAGUAGAGAAAGGCCGUGUAAAGGAAGAUGGCUGGUUUAGACAUUCCUACGGAGUAAGCAAAGUGGGUGUUGUAUGUCUUACUCGAAUUCUUGCUCGAGAUGAAAGGAGACCGGAUAUUCUGAUCAACUGUUGUUGUCCAGGUUUUGUAAGGACGGAUAUGACAGCACCUAACGCGGAAAAGACUCCGGAAGAAGGUGCAGAUACGCCUGUGUGGCUUGCUCUGUUACCUAAAGGAGGUCCCACCGGCAAAUUCUUUGGAGAACGCAAAGAAUUAGAUAUCCGAGUAAACUUCCCGGCACCGCGUUUGCAACUGUCGAAAAUGUAAAAUUGCUCUUCAAUAAAAGAUAUUGUUUGAGG